AUGUACUUCGCCCAUGUGCUUCGAACUGCGCUGCUAGCCUUAGUACCAGUGUCCGUCCUCCUCACCACCUACCUCUACUACUACCCCUUCUUCCAUCUAUGCGCCUUCCCAGCCCCUGACAAUGGUGGUCCUUCGGCAUAUCGCAAUACACUUCGAAAGCAUUCGCCCUUUUCUGAACAUGUCUCCAGUGCGGUAGCACCAUUCAGACUUCUUGCGCUCGGAGAUCCGCAACUCGAAGGAGAAUCCCCCUACUUCGAUCCUGACGCUCCUACCUUUCCCAACCUCAAUAAAUUCUGGCGAGACGCUUUCCAGCUCGAUGGGGCGCGAGAUAGUCCUCUGCAGAGACUUCGGCAUAGUCUUCACGACCUGGUAGACUUCUACCUCGAAGAUAUCCCGGAUUUUCUUGAGUUGUACAGGAAGCGCUUGGAUCAUAUUGGGAAUGAUUAUUAUUUGGGACAUAUAUACACAACGCUGCAUUGGUGGACAGAUCCUACACAUGUUACGACCCUUGGAGAUCUGGUAGGGAGUCAAUGGAUAGCUAAUGAUGAGUUUGAAAGUCGGGGGUGGAGGUAUUGGAAUAGGGUAUUCCGUGGCGGGGAACGUGUGCCAGAUGAGCUAACAUCACAACCAUCUGAGGACUUUGACGCAUAUAUGAUAUUGGGAGACGAUGCGGAACGAUGGAAACAUAGGAUUAUCAAUGUGGCAGGGAAUCAUGACGUUGGUUACGCUGGGGAUCUUUCACAGGAGCGGAUGGACAGAUUUGAUCGAGUCUUUGGAAAGCCGAAUUAUGAAUUACGAUUUCAGUUGCCGAUCAAUCGAACAUGGGAUAUUGCAGAUGCGACAGAUGAAGCAGAAGAAAAGUUUCCUAUCCCCGAAAUUCGAAUCAUUGUGUUGAACGAUAUGAACCUAGAUACACCUGCUUCGUCCAAGGAGCUUCAGACAGAGACAUAUCAAUUCCUGAACCAGGCCAUCACUCACUCGAGAGACGUUAGUCGGCCAGCCCACUUUACAUUGUUACUGACGCAUAUACCUAUGCACAAGAAAGAUGGAAUUUGUGUUGAUGGGCCAUUUUUCGACUUCUUCGGCAGUGAUUUCAGUUUUGGUGUGAAAGAACAGAAUCAUUUAUCUGCGCCUGCCUCGAAGGGGUUCACUGAGGGUAUUUUUGGUAUGAACGCCGAUACCAGUGUUCCUGGUCAAGGACUUGGCCGGGGAGGUCUCAUUCUUACUGGACAUGAUCAUGAAGGUUGCGACACUUAUCAUUAUAUCAAUCAGACAGCACCACCUCAGCAAGAAUGGGAAGCCAUGCGCUGGAAAGAUGCUGUGGCUGCGCGAAUAGAUGAGCAACCCGGAAUACCUGGUCUGAGAGAGAUCACCGUGAGGAGUAUGAUGGGUAGCUAUGCUGGAAACGCUGGACUUUUGAGCUUGUGGUUCGACGAAGAGACCUGGGACUGGAAGUUCGAGUUCACCACCUGUGGUCUGGGUACUCAACACAUCUGGUGGCUUGUUCACAUUCUAGAUCUUGUUACCUUGGGUGUCGCACUUGUCUAUGUUGCGGUGGUGGCUGUCGAGCUCUACCUCCCUCCAGCACCAGAGAAGCCAGCGCCCAUCAUGGAACAGAUCAACACGGGCAGGAGAAGAUUGACGAUAUCGGGUACCAUGAGCCCGAUUGGAUUGACUAGCCCAUACAGUCCAUUAUCGGGAACACCAUUCAGUCCGAUAGACACAUCCGUUCCAAGUCUUCGUGAUCCUCUUCUUGGGCGAUUACAUAGGAGCCAUACAUUGGCCACACCACAGGGAAUGGGAAAAAUGAGGAAGCAGCGUAGUCGGUCAACGUUGGGUGGAGUACCCGAAGUCAAUUCGAGGCCAACGACACCCACGCCGCCAGGAAUGGAACCAUUUCCAGACUUAUGA